CUAGAAGCUGGCUGUCAGUCUCCGUGUAGCCGCAGCCGCCAGGCACCGUGGAGCUGGGGCCCCCAUUCGCCUGGGAGUUUUGCGGUCGCAUUGGGUCAGCGGUGACAUCCGAAGGGGCAGGCCCGGCAGCCGCCAUGGUGGCCAAGGAUUACCCCUUCUACCUCACGGUCAAAAGAGCAAACUACAGCCUGGAGGUACCCCCGGCGAGCAGCCCAGCCAAGGACGCAGAGCUCAGCAUGCCAAGAGGCUGGAGAGGUACCCGGCAGCCUGGAUUCAUUCUCCGUCUUGGAAAAGUAGUUGACCGCUUCGAGAAAUCAUGAAGUCACUUCUGACCAUGUUGUGGAGUUAUUUUGUGCUUUUUAGAAUGUCUUUUAAUUAUUCUACUUGAAUGCCAGAGAGGUUGGGUCUGUUUCAAAGAAGGCUUCUGAUUUCGGAGGCUAGCAAGGGCAUGAAAUGACAUGAGAAUUUCUCGGCACAACUCCAAAUUCAGGCAAGAUUUUUCUAAGCACCUACUAUGUUCAAAACAUGCUGCAGGGAUAUUCUGGGGAAUCUGAAGCUCUGGCUUAACCCUCAAAACUUUGAAAGCAAUGGCUGAAAAGGAAAGAUGAGCAUCUUGAGGCUCCCUGUGGAAAUGAUUGAGCUUCGCCACAGCCAUUGGCAAGUUUGGCUUUUUCCAUCAAAAUUUUGUGUCUUCAUGUGCUGUCCAGCAUCUACCGCAGGUCAGAUGGAGCUUAGGAAGACAAGGGAGCCUAGUAAUAAACGAGUCAAACCCCUUUCCAGAGUCACAUCCCUAGCAAACCUCAUCCCUCCUGUGAAGGCCACGCCGUUAAAGCGCUUCAGCCAAACCCUGCAGCGCUCCAUCAGCUUCCGCAGCGAGAGCCGGCCCGACAUCCUCGCCCCGCGGCCCUGGUCCAGAAAUGCCACCCCAUCGAGCACGAAGCGAAGAGACAGCAAGCUGUGGAGUGAGACCUUCGACGUGUGCGUCAAUCAGAUGCUUACGUCCAAGGAAAUCAAACGUCAGGAGGCGAUUUUUGAACUUUCCCAAGGAGAAGAAGAUUUGAUAGAGGACUUGAAAUUGGCAAAAAAGGCCUAUCACGACCCCAUGCUGAAACUCUCCAUAAUGACAGAACAAGAGUUGAAUCAAAUUUUCGGAACGCUGGACUCCCUGAUUCCUCUACAUGAAGACCUCCUCAGUCAGCUUCGAGAUGUCCGGAAGCCCGAUGGCUCGACUGAGCACGUCGGUCCCAUCCUCGUAGACUGGCUGCCUUGUCUCAGCUCCUAUGACAGCUACUGCAGCAAUCAAGUAGCCGCCAAAGCUCUGCUGGACCACAAAAAACAAGAUCACCGUGUCCAAGAUUUCCUACAGCGAUGUUUAGAAUCCCCCUUUAGCCGCAAACUAGAUCUCUGGAAUUUCCUCGAUAUUCCAAGAAGCCGUCUGGUGAAAUAUCCUCUGCUUCUUCGAGAGAUCUUGAGGCACACCCCAAAUGAUAACCCAGAUCAGCAGCACCUGGAGGAAGCCAUAAACAUCAUUCAGGGAAUUGUGGCAGAAAUCAACACCAAGACUGGAGAAUCUGAAUGCCGCUAUUAUAAAGAGCGACUUCUUUACUUAGAAGAAGGCCAGAAAGACUCCCUGAUUGACAGCUCAAGAGUGCUGUGUUGUCAUGGUGAACUGAAAAACAACCGGGGCGUGAAACUACAUGUCUUCCUGUUUCAAGAAGUCCUUGUGAUCACCCGAGCCGUCACCCACAACGAGCAGCUGUGCUACCAGUUGUACCGGCAGCCUAUCCCGGUGAAGGACCUCCUGCUGGAAGACCUGCAGGACGGAGAAGUGAGGCUGGGCGGCUCCCUGCGUGGGGCAUUCAGCAACAACGAGAGAAUUAAAAACUUCUUCAGAGUAAGUUUCAAAAAUGGAUCCCAAAGUCAGACUCAUUCACUACAAGCCAACGACACCUUCAACAAACAGCAGUGGCUCAACUGUAUUCGUCAAGCCAAAGAAACAGUUGUGUGUGCUGCUGGGCAGGCUGGGGUACUUGACUCCGAGGGAUCGUUCCUAGAUCCCGCCGCUGAAAGCAGGGAGCCACAGGGAGAAACAAAACUUGAGCAGAUGGACCAAUCGGACAGUGAAUCGGAUUGUAGCAUGGACACAAGUGAGGUCAGCGUGGACUGUGAGCGUAUGGAACAGACAGACUCUUCCUGUGGGAAUAGCAGGCACAUUGAAAGCAACGUCUGACAGAAGCGUGUACUUCCUGGAAGUAGCCCUGUGUCCUACCUGUACAGUAUUUGCAUUCCACACAUGGAACGGUUUGGAGAAGCACUUUUUGAUACUUUUGUGACUGUGUUGACCCAGUCUCUUCAAUCUGUACUUUGUCCCUAGUACUGUAACUGCCAGUCUGUCUGUGUAAACUGGAAUCUGAGGUGACUGUUACCCUGUAUUGUAUUUCACAAAUGUCUGGAUGGAUGGAGCAAAUUACUUUCACUUGUCCUGCUGGAUUUUUAAAAAGUACAGAGAAAAAAAAUCUCUAAACUACCAUUUUGUGUAGAUUGCUUAAAGGAUCCUUCUGUGUAUCUCUAGUGUUUUUCUGGCUCUUUGCCAGAGUAGCUGAAGGCAUGGAAUUUAAAGGGCCUAGCAAACAAGGCAUGAGGAAGUCAGUCAUGUACCAUGAUGGCAUUUGAAGGAGAACCAGGAAAGAUCAAUGUUUCGAGUGAAAUUGGUUUGAUGUUAUUCAACCAGAAAGCAUAAAGAUAUCCCUGGGGAUUCCAAAGGCUUAAUUUUGCAAAGGAAGAAUCACUUGACCUUGCAAUUUCAUCCAGUGCAAAUUUGAUGCAGUAAUCUAUUAGGACAUGAAAUAGAGUCUGACCUUAAAAGGACUAGCACAAAAGCAGCUGUCAGUUCUGAAUCUUGAACUGAAAUGUGCAUUGCACCAGGAGGUCUCUGCCAUAGAUGCUGGCUUGCCUUAGAGAGCCAUCUCUAGUCUAAAACAUCAGAAUAGAACUCAGAGGGACUGGGAAUAUCUGGCAGGAUAACAAAAAGGCCCAUCUUGGCUUUGUUUCAUCUGCCUAAGCCUACUCAUAUUUUAGAGCAUGAAUGAAGAGAUGAGGAAAAGAGAUUGCGGCUGAGUCAGUGACUCUGUCUACAGAAGCAUGUGAGAAGAAUUUGGAAGAAGUGCUCCAUCAUGAUCUUAUGUGGGAAACAUUAAAAGAGAAAAGCAUGGUCCAGUGUCCUUCUGGGAAAGGCCAGAGCCUUGGGUUUUCCUGCUGUGCUUUUGGGUCAUCAGUUUAUCAUCUCUGGCUCUCUGCUGGGCUCAGAAUCAUCAUUAUAUUCUCCAGAGACCAACUUAAUUAACUCUAUGAUUAAUUAGGAUUAGUUAGCCAAACUAGUAAACUUUGUCCAGCCUUGAUUUACAAUGCAGGGUGGGUUACAGACCUUAAAAACAAACAAACAAACAUUAACUGAAUACACAGAAAAGCUCCCUGUGAGUGUAAAUAUUAAAGACAACCUGUGCAAAAUUAGACCCACACCAGCACUAGUAGUAAUGGUUCUAAAUUAUUGCCAAAAAAAGUUUUUUUUCUCAAUCUUUUGUCUUUCAAGUUUACAGAAGGAAAGCAGUAAAUACUAUGUUGUCAUUUUAUGAUGUACGUCUGUAAUGUGCAUUCAAAGAAGCUGUGUGACAAGAUUUAUCAAUGUAAAAACAAGAUAUAAUACUUUUUUUUCAAAAAUAAAACAAAAAAAAGUUGUGGUCAGUUUUACCCUAUAAAACAUAUUUCUGUAUUUAUAGAUUUUAAACAAGGUGAAUUUUUUUUUCUAUUACAAGUUUAUUUAAAACUGCUUUGUUUCUCAAGUUGUUACUGAUGCGGUGAGUGAAUGAACCAGCUGCAGAGAGGAGCAGAGAAAAGCUGAGAAAGAUUGUCUGAUGCUGGAGAAAAGAACGAAUCAUUCUUGGCAGAGCCAUCGACCACUUUGGCCAGCAUGUUGAGAAAAGAGGUCUGUCAGGGCCAGCCUAUGGGAAGAAAGUCAAUGAAUGUUUUCAUGAAAUGAAUGUUUUUGUAAAAUGGCCUUAAACUUUUCUGGAAGCAUUUCAAAUAAAUUACAUUAAAAUGUCA